UCUUGCCUCGUGGGAUGCUCACUCGCUAACUACCCUUUAGAUCUACGAGUUGUGCUGAAGCUUGACGCUUGCCCAUGCUUGACUUGGGAAUUACGACUGGCUGAGAGCUUCAAUGGGUCCUACACGUUGUCGAGCUAGCCAAUGCUUGUGGGCAGUGGCAGCGAGGUUAUACACCUAUGACUGGGCGAGUUUUUAUAGAAUCGCCAGCUCGUCAUAACCAAAUCCGAGAUCGGCCGAGGAACCGGAUCUGAGUUUCCACAAAAACGCGGGGUUCGCGCCCCGAGGUUUCUUUCCUGCAUAUGCCGACUUCGCAAACCAAAAACCACAAUGUCGCUUGCCACAGUCCACCUGCGCGUCGCACGACCGACGAACAACAUCGAAGCCCUUUUGCCCUUCUACUGCGACGGGCUAGGCUUCGAGGUACUGCUCAAGUUUGCCGAGCACGAAGGCUUCGAUGGCGUCAUGCUUGGUCAUAAGGGGAGCGCAUACCACCUCGAGUUCACAAGCAGCAAGGCUCACGAUGCCGGCCGGGCACCGACGCAGGACAACCUGCUUGUGUUCUACCUUCCGGACAAGGAUGGCUACGGCGCUGCGGUUUCACGAAUGGAAGGGGCCGGUUUUGCUGCUGUGGCCAGCUUCAACCCGUACUGGGAUCGGUGUGGGAAGACGUUUGAGGAUCCAGAUGGGUACCGUGUGGUCUUGGCGAACAUGAAGGCGCCGGUUGUCUGAGCAGGCAUUUGUGACAGACUAAGGGUAUAUAUGCAGGCUUCAAAUGAGAAGGUGUUUUGGUUGGAUGAAAGUUUGAGCAGCUUGUCCUCCUCACUCCAGAGCUCUUUCACUGUGAUGUAUGUC